CCAGGGCCUGUGCCUACCGCGACCGUGGCGGCCUGCGGCGGCUCCCCGAAUGAAGACAGCCUGAGAAGUACCACCCUUCCUACAACCAGAGCCCGCAGAGCUGCAACCCGGUGCUGCUGUCGCGCCUGCACCUGGAAAAGGGACUCACUAUGCAGUUCAGGAUGAUCUUGAGCUCACUUUGUAGCCCAGGCUGGUAUCGAACUUGAUUGAAACGAUCCUCUGCUUCAGCCUCCAGAGUGCUUCGAUUACAGGACGCAGACUCAUCAGAACAGAUCAUUGCUCCCAUGAGAUGGGGCCUGGUCCCCUCUUGGUUCAAAGAAAGUGACCCUUCCAAGCUGCAAUUCAACACCAUCAACUGUCGCAGUGAUACCAUCCUGGAGAAAUGGUCGUUCAAGGUGCCGCUGGGAAAGGGAAGACGCUGUGUUGUCUUAGCAGAUGGAUUCUUUGAGUGGCAACGAUGUCAUGGAACAAGCCAGCCGCAACCAUACUUCAUCUAUUUUCCUCAGACUGAGACAAAGCAGCUAGGCAACAGUGGGACUGUGGACAAUACAGAGGACUGGGAAAAAGUCUGGGACCACUGGAGGCCGCUGACAAUGGCAGGGAUCUUUGACUGCUGGGAGCCCCCCGAGGGAGGAGACCUGCUGUAUUCCUACACCAUCAUUACCGUGGAUUCCUGCAAAAGCUUGCAUGAUAUCCACCACAGGAUGCCUGCCAUCCUGGAUGGAGAGGAGGCCGUGUCCAGGUGGCUAGACUUUGGGGAUAUCCCUACUCAGGAGGCACUGAAGCUGAUCCGCCCCACAGAGAACAUCACCUUCCACGCUGUCUCCCCCAUUGUCAACAACUCGAGGAACAACAGCCCUGAGUGUCUGACUCCUGUCCACUUGGUGGUCAAGAAGGAGCCCAAGGCAAGUGGCAGCAGCCAAAAGAUGAUGCAGUGGCUAGCCACGAAGUCACCCAAAAAGGAAGACCAAGAGACACCCCAGAAGGACAAGUCCGACACACCCCAGUGGUCCAGCCAGUUCCUGCAGAAGAGCCCGCUGCCCGCCAAGAGAGGUGGUGCAGGCCUGCUGGUGCGAUGGCUGAAGCAGGAAAAGGAGGAGGCGCCCGCGGCCAAGCGGCCUCACAGUCAGGGUUUCUUUUGCGGGACAGAGGAGCAGAUGUUGAGAGUUUGGACAAACUCAUGAAAACGAAAAACAUACCUGAAGCUCAACAAGAUGCAUUUAAAACUGGUUUUGCAGAGGGUUUUCUGAAAGCUCAAACAUUAACACAAAAAACCAAUGAUUCUUUAAGGCGAACUCGUUUAAUUCUUUUUGUUCUGCUUCUGUUUGGCAUUUAUGGACUCUUAAAAAAUCCAUUUUUAUCUGUCCGCUUCUGGACUACUACCGGGCUUGAUUCUGCAGUAGAUCCUGUUCAGAUGAAAAAUGUCACUUUUGAGCACGUUAAAGGAUCUAACAUACGUGCAUUCACCAGUGAAGUUGUCAUGGCUAAAACUCCUGGCACCAGCUUCUACCUAGACAUCAACUGUCAUCCCGUCGACUCCCCUAGAGUCCAGUACAGUGCCCUCGGCCAGCAGGAAGUAGUUAAAGAGAGAAAUCUUUGCCCCUUUUCCUAAUAAUCAUAAGAUGGGAUAUGAAAGGGUUGCCGGCCCAGGCCGGAUACUGUAGCCAGUAAAGCCAGGGAGCUCCUAUCUCCCCCCACCUUUAGAAAUUACUUCUGGCGCCAAACUAAGACCAAUGGGCUACCUGUGCAUCCCUAAUGCCCCUUAGGUUCCACCCCAGGCUGAGGUUACUUAUAUGCCUCACUCCACGUGUUCCACAGAGAGAUCGCUGGCCCCGGGGUGGAGAUGCCAUGCCCCAGGGGGUCAGGGGUGUCUCUCCCCGCAUUCCCAAAAUAAAGGUUACUUAUAUUUUA